AUGUUGGAACGGAAUCAGCAUGCUGGUCUCCAUGGUGCGGCCUCAGUCGCCUCCUCUGUUGGACCACCAAAAGCAUUGGGAGAGAAAAUUCUAGCAGAUGUCCCGGGAGAAUUGUUAACCGAGCUCGGGAGGCUUCAGGAGAUGUUCAUCGUAGACAAGGACAAACUGAAGCUGAUCACUCAACGCUUCGUAUCAGAACUAGAAAAAGGUCUUACUGACGACGCCGGCGAUAUUCCAAUGAAUGUGACAUGGUCGUUUGGAUAUCCCACCGGGCAUGAGACGGGGAGUUAUAUUACCAUCGACAUGGGCGGAACCAACGUCAGAGUCUGUAAUGUUGUCUUGACCGAUGGUAAAGGGGAAGUCGAUAUCGUUCAGGAGAAGUUCGUUAUGCCAGAGGGACUCAAGAAGAGCAAUGCAGAGACAUUGUGGGAUUUCCUUGCCGAUUGCACCGCCGAAUUCCUCGGCAAGCAUAGUUUAGACACGAAGGAAGCUUUGCCACUGGCUUUCACCUUUUCAUUCCCGGUGACCCAGCCGCACAUUCGCAGUGGAAUCUUGCAGAGAUGGACGAAAGACUUCGAUGUUGAUGGAGUGGAGGGCGAGGACGUUGUUCCUCAGCUUGAGAAAGCUUUCAAAAAGCGGAACCUACCCGUCGAGAUAGUUGCCGUUGUCAAUGACACAACGGGUACGCUUAUUGCUUCUGCAUACAAAGAUCCAGAAAUGAGGAUCGGAAGUAUCUUUGGCACUGGCGUGAACGCAGCUUAUAUGGAAGUUUGUGGAGCCAUUCCCAAGAUAAAGGAUCACGGAUUGCCGCCUGAUCUGGAAGUUGCUAUCAAUACAGAAUACGGCGCCUUUGAUAACUCGCGAAAAGUCCUAUCGCGAACUCCUUUUGAUCGUUCCAUCGACGAGAAUUCUUCGCGACCAGGCCAACAACUUUAUGAGAAAAUGGUGGCUGGCUUGUAUAUUGGAGAAUUGCUUCGGCUUGUCCUUCUCGACCUGCAUGAGCGUAAUCACAUGUUCAAGGAGCAAGACGUUUCGUUGCUGCGACAGAAAAACUCUAUUAACUCGCUCUUCUUGUCGACUGUUGAAGAGGAUAAGUCGGACGCGCUACACGACAUUUCGUUUAUGUUCAAUAAAGCUCUGAACAUCGAACCAGUAGAUUAUGAGCUGAAAGUGACUCGAUUUCUGACCGAACUGAUUGCGACACGCUCCGCUCGGCUCUACUCGUGCGGCAUCGCAGCCGUCAGCAAGAAAAAGGGCCUGGAAACCUGUCAUGUUGGUGUCGAUGGAUCUGUGUUCAAUAAGUAUGCUCAUUUCAGAAAUAGAGCCGCCCAGGCUCUCAAAGAGAUACUAGAUUGGCCAGAGGGUUCCCCAGAUCCCAUCUCAAUCUAUUCUGCGGAAGACGGUUCAGGGGUCGGGGCAGCUCUGAUAGCUGCGUUAGCAUUGCAGAGAACCGAGAAAGAAGCCAGUGGCAAGAUGCGAUUUCGAAGUCAGCUAACCAAUGUCGCCAUCUUUGCAAAACUUGCCGCCUCUCUCAAUUCCCUGGGAAAGAUUUGCUGGGUGAGGCUGGAGCGGGAAACAGUACAUUUCACUAUUAUACCCGACCAGGGAACACAAGUCUGGGCUGUGCUGCCAGCGGAAGCUAUCUUUGAUGAAAGCUAUCUUCUUGAAGCUGCAGCUGGUGCAAUCAAUCUUGAGGUUCCCAUUGCUGCGCUUUCCCGAGCAUUACGAUCUGCCAUUGGCGAUAAGUCUGCUCAAUUACGGUUAAGUCGGAAAGCAAACGUCCCACUCCUUGUCCUAACCGUUGUAUCGUCUUCAUUGGUUCCAGGCAACAUCCCCGUUGGUUCUGAAGCUGACGAAUUUGGUGGACCUGAGCAUGAUCAAAGCCAAGCAGCUACUCGAGCCAAUGCUCCUCGUGAGCGUGAAACUGUAAUCACCCAGGAAAUACCGGUAAAAGUACUGCAUCAAUCCGUGGUCGAAGGGUUACAUGAGCCCCGAUGUCGAGACCCGGACGUUCAUAUCAUCUUGCCGAAUUUAGCACAGUUAAAGGCAAUAUCAGACCGCUUCACAAAACUUGCAGCGAGUAGUAGCAGAUCAAGCGGAGGUGCUUCGAUAGCGACUGGCACCACUGGUCCAAAGCUCGAAUUGAGCGCCAACAUGCAUGGCUCCCUCAAGAUUGGGAUCGCAACAGACUCAUUGCGGAUUUCGAGUGUCUGGACUGGAUUGACGAACCCACCCCUUGACCCAAGGCAGAUGCAAGAUACAGAUAUAGACCAACUUCCCAGUGAGCGCAUGAGACAACUCGGUAACUCAGGUGAUGAUGAUGAGGAAGCAGGAUGGGCUAAAGUCAGAAUUGACGGGAAAGACUGGGGAAGGGUGCUUAGCGUGGGCAGACUGAGCCCUAAAGUUGUGGCUUGCUUCAUACACGAAACAGCUUUGAUACUAUAUGUCUACCUGCGAGGUGGUCUUACAGGAGAAGAGUCAUGUUUGACGUACUAUAUCAACUCCUAUUCAGCCUAAUAUCUAUCGGCAAACCCCUAUCGUUGCCUGUCUCAGUGCCCUACUGUCCCCUACAGGAUUCCGCACAGUCCACGCCUAUGCAACCUUUCCACAGAUUAUAUGUCAGUCUGCUUUAUGAUACGUUUAUUGCAUGUAUCAUGGAAGUAGUCAUCAUUGGCCGCUUUCAACGCUAACAUCGCGGAGAACUGGUGGUUAUACGCUAGUUGACCAACUGCGAAUUCCAUGGCUUAAAGUGGAGAAUGAUUCCUAUCCAAUUCGAGUAACUUUGUUCCAUUAUGGAAGGGUUCUGGAAAGAUCAUCAUUGCCGUGGAAAGCUGAGUACGAAGGAUGCAAUUGACUAGGCGGCGGUCAUAUCACACUCAAUACCCGCCA